AUGCUGACAGCCCUUAUACUGGCCGUGGCCUGCCUGACGCUGUUCCUCCUGCUGACAUACAAGGAUGCGGCGGCUGGCUCGACUCCUCCGUCGCAAUACGCAUGCGCCGAAGAAUACCGGAACGUCGCAUUGAAGUCGCUUGGCGUGUCCGUGCGCGGGCGUUCAACUUACACGGGAGCGGUCCACACGUUCUUUGGCAUCCCGUACGGUGGCGACACAAGCGGUGACAACCGCUUCCGGCUGCCCAAGAACGAGACAAAUAUCGUUGGUGCCCACACGGUCUUCAACGCUUACCAACAUGGACCACGGUGUCCGCAAGAGGUCGACACACUGCACAAUUCUAGUGAGGACUGCCUCACGCUCUCUAUCUGGGCUCCAAUACAGUGCAACGCGACUGCCGAUCCGUUUGUUGUCCUGGUGGUGCUGUCCUCUGACUGGUUUCAGAGAGGUCACGUGAAGGACAACGAGGCCAUGUGGGAGGCACUGGCGGUGGCCGGCCGCUUGAUCGUUGUCUUCAUCCACCACCGACUGGGAGUCCUUGGGUUCUUGGACGCCGGAACCAAGGACAGCCCUGGAAACCAAGGCAUCGAGGACGCAUUUCUUGCCCUGGACUGGAUCAGCGACAACAUCGAUGCGUUCAACGGAGACCCCGCCUCUAUGGUCGGCCUCGGGCGCGGUUCCGGCUCAUACAUUGCGUCUCUGGACCUGUACGCGGCAACAUUUCGCAGGAAACGUUUCUUUAAGCGCCUCAUUCUUCUUGGCCUCUCACCGGCAUCCCUGCUGCCUCCAGGUGGACCGGCUUCAUUCGGUCGGCUUGCGCGGGCGCUGCGUUGCCACAAGGGCAAAUAUGUCCGCGCGAGCAUCACCUGUCUUAGGGGUGUUCCGCUGGAGAAAAUGUACGCGGUGACGGCCAAGGAGGCGCCCCUCACGUUCAUACCAAGUUGCGGCAAGCCUCCCGUCGGGGAUUGCAAGGACGCGUUCUCAGAACUUCCGCCUUUCCUUCUCCAGAAGGAAAUGCUCUGCGGGUAUGACAAGGAGGAAGGGCAUAAGCUCCUCGAUCAGAUUUUGCUGCAGGAGCUGCCCACUUCGAAAGACCCCUCGACAGUGUUUGGCCUGCUGCAGAAAUUUUUCACCCGAAAGCAACCGAAGCAUACGUUUAGUAGCCUGUCACCCCACACUCAGAAGGCACUCAACCAAUCUAACCUGCAGGGAUUCAGGGACCUGGUGGUCGAUAUGGUUCUUCGAUGCCCUCUUCUGCGACUUGCCCGCGCAGCAGUGCUCAAAGGCUCAAUGAUGUACCUCUACGCAUCGGACGGGCCAGACAUUGUUUUUGAGCCAGCAGUUACGAAGACGGACAUCAUAAAUUUUGCUAAAACCGGAAAAGUCAGCUCAUGGCGGCCUUUUUCUGACCACUCCGGUGUUCUGGUGGUGUCCAGCUCGUCAAGCACCGUCAUGGAAUGGGGCGAAGAAACUUGCGCGCUAGCGAACAAACUUUCGAGCACGAUCUUUAGCUUGUGACGCCGCGCGCGUUGCCAAACAUGAACUACGCUGCGCAUUGACUCAAGUUCGAACAAAGUCACGCAGAAGAAUUAUUAGUAUGUUUAUAUUUCGCGGACAGAAAAUUUGUUUUCACACACACUAGUGAAAUAAUUGCGUACAUUUCUGCUUGGCAAGAAGUUCUGGUAAGCGCCUUCUGUGAUACAAUUUGUUAAUCAUGCAAAGGUGACGCCUCCUUCGGCGUGUAUUCUUGUCGCUAUUUCUAUGUUAACCUUAUUUUCAGGAUUUUAAAAUCGUCUAGUGUUCACAGUACGCAGAAGUCUGCCGCAAUAAGAAUGCUCUGUUCCGCAGUAAACUCGUGCGUUUUAUGAUGACUGCGUCUAACUGCAGAUAACGAAUGCGCUCAAGAAUAAUGGCUUUCUGCAUGCUGAAGUUCCGUCAUCUUGAACGUCCAUGCGGGCACAGGUGCGUGCGGUGAAUUACUGUAGUUUGGAAUAGUAACCUUGAAUGCUUACGACACUAUGAAUCAAGACGCUAGAGAACAUGUUGAGCACUGCGAUGCACAAAUACUCGUUAUGUAUUUCUUUUUGUAAAGUGAAAAAUGAAACGUGCUUAAUUGUGCUCGUCUUGUGCAAAUAAAAAGCACUUCGCGAGGUAUUUGCAAGUGCUCGUUUUAACCCCCUUCCUCACUGUCUUUCAAAAGGGUGGGGGAAAGAACGGCUGGCCUGAA